ACCAGUGGGGCGACGCGGGGCCCAACGGCAGGAGAGUGGGACCCGUUUCCCUUCCUGAGGACCGGCGGCCGCUCCGACCUCGGGCUGGGAGACUCGACACCCUCCCACCGCAGGCUCCGGACGCGCGUGCGCCGCUCGCGCAGUUGGCGGCUUCGUGCUCCCGUCUCUGUUCGCAUCCCACCGAUGCCUCUAGCGCUGCACCUUGGCUCCCUUCCCGCCGCACCCAGGACGGCAGUGCGCAAUUUUUAGAGCCGUAGGGGCUUGGAGAAAAUCUGUCCCCUCGGUAUGUUAUUACAAAGUCUGAGGCCCAGGGAGGUGCCAGGACACGUUCGCGCCGCGGGAUCGCCCAUCCCCGCUCCGUGCCUCUUAUGCACACGCAGGCCUAUAUGAACCCAAUAGCAAUGGCCAGAUCAAGGGGUCCAAUCCAGUCUUCAGGGCCAACGAUACAAGAUUAUCUGAAUCGACCAAGGCCUACCUGGGAAGAAGUGAAAGAGCAACUAGAAAAGAAAAAGAAAGGUUCCAAGGCAUUGGCUGAAUUUGAAGAAAAAAUGAAUGAGAACUGGAAGAAAGAACUAGAAAAACACAGGGAGAAAUUAUUAAGUGGGAGUGAGAGCUCAGCCAAAAAAAGACAGAGAAAGAAAAAAGAAAAGAAGAAAUCUGGUAGGUAUUCAUCUUCUUCUUCAUCAAGCUCUGAUUCUUCCAGCAGUUCUUCAGAUUCUGAAGAUGAGGAUAAGAAACCAGGGAAAAGAAGAAAGAAAAAGAAGAACCGUUCACAUAGAUCUUCAGAAAGUUCCGUGUCAGAAACUGAAUCAGACAGCAAGGAUAGUUUAAAAAAGAAAAAGAAGUCAAAGGAUUCAACUGAGAAAGAAAAGGAUAAUAAAGGACUCAGCAAAAAAAGAAAGAUGUAUCCUGAAGAUAAACCUUUAUCAUCUGAGUCCUUGUCAGAAUCUGAUUAUAUUGAGGAGGUACGAGCGAAAAAGAAGAAAAGCAGUGAAGAACGAGAAAAAGCAACAGAAAAAACAAAAAAGAAAAAGAAGCAUAAGAAACACAGUAGGAAGAAGAAAAAGAAGGCUGUUAGUUCAAGUCCUGAUUCUCCAUAACGUUAAGAAAAAUCAGGAUUCCCUUAAAGAGAAAGUGCAAUGUCUAAGGAAAUUUCAGCUGUGAAAAUUAUGACGUAUUUACUAAAAUGCAUGAUUUUUCUUGUUUUUAGUAUUAUUCCUGAACUUUCAGUAGCCACUCAGAUGCCGCGUGUGAAAGGGCCAUAAUUGUUGCCUGCUGCUUGAACAUCUUUUUUUUUCUCUUUCAGUGCUUAAUUAAUGGCUCUGGGAGAUAAUACACUGCAGUCGUACUAGUGGUUCAUAUAGUUAGGGAUAAAGUGAAUAUUUUUGACUAUAAUUACCUAAUUAUAAAUCAACGGAAAUUGAAUCUGAAUACAUCUUUAAGAUGGUAUCAGAAAUAUCCAGACAACUUUAGUUAGCAUUUUUGAGGUAGGGAUUACAUUGAUAAUCCAAAAUCCUGAUUCUGUAGAUAAGUGUACUUUAAAUUUUUUUUCCCUUGUAUACUUUUUAUUUACCUGGGGAAGCAACUUUUAGGUUGGGGGGAGGGGGUUGCUAUCUCUUUAGCUAGCAGAAUAGUGUGCCUUUGAUUCUCACACAUCCUAUUUUUGUGGAUGCAGCAGCCAUGCUUCCUGGGGAGGUCAGAGCUGGAUACCAGCAAUCUCGCCCUUUAUUGAGCUUAGUGACAUCCUUGGACUCUGUCAUAUGCUGCCUUGAAUGAACCAUCGAAAUAGCCUUGUGCAGCAUGAGAUAGUCCCAAAAGCUCUGCAAUUUACCUCCACUUCAAUAAUUCAGAAUAUUUUUUAGCAUUACAAUGUGUUAUGUCACAUGAAUUAAUUUUGACUACACUUUGGCUUUGGAAAGAAAUCAUUUCAAAUAAACACUGGUACUUUUUGAACUAGAUAGUUAAAAGAUUCUAAAAUGCAUGUUUUAUACUGUUAAGUUUUAACCAGUCAGGAAGAUUUUAUGUAACCAGUGCAGUUAUAUUUUUUUUGUAUAAAUUUUGUUUAGGCCGAAAUGUUUAGUUUUUGUAACUCCUUACUCUUGCUAUCUUAAGUUCAUUACUGUGUUUAAUGGCAUACUUGCUGAGAUAUUUAGCAUGUAAAAAGCAGGUUUUGAUAUUUUUCUUUGGCAGCUUCAUAUUGAAGCUGAGACUCACCAUAAACAAGUUGAGUGGCAGUCCUGGUAUGCCGUGUCUUGUUACAUAAAGCUAUUGCCAGAAUCUUAGUAAAUAUAAUGUUUUAAAAGUUUAUUGUAUUUGCAUAUUAAUAACAAACUAUGACAAGUUAAAUUUAAGUGAGAAAUA